UUCCAGCAGUCAGCACACGGAAACCCUUUUGGUUGGAUUAGCUGUAUUAUAGGCGGAUCCGAGCUCUGGGACUCCUAUUCUUAGUGGGAUUCUCCAUCAUUCUCUCUCUACAUAUCAGCCCUAGGGUUCUUCUUUGAGACUCAUCACUGCGAGAAAAUCACGACUCAAAAGAGUAAGACCCAGAAAAAAACUGAAGAGCAAGAGAGAGAGACAAGGACGUACAACAAUGGAGAGUUCACGGAAAAAAGAAGAAGAAGAGAGGGAACAAGAAAGGGUUGGUGCUGAAGGUGAACAUGGAGAACUGGCGUUCAAGAACACGGAGGUCCCUUCAUGGCGGAACCAAAUAACAGUGAGGGCAAUGGUGACAAGUUUUGUUUUGUGCAUCGUUUUCAACUUCAUCGUCAUGAAGCUUAACCUAACCACAGGUGUUAUACCAUCCCUCAACGUCGCAGCUGGUUUGCUCGGCUUUGCCAUCAUGAAGUCAUGGACUACCUUGCUCGAAAAGUGCGGCAUCUUGAAACAGCCAUUCACAAGACAAGAGAACACAGUGAUUCAAACUUGCGUGGUUGCAUCUUCUGGGAUUGCUUUUAGCAGUGGCACAGCAAGUUAUGUGUUGGGAAUGAGUUCAAUUGUGGCUGCUCAAGCAGAUGCAGGGAACACCUCAGCCAAUGUGAAGAAACUAUCUCUUGAUUGGAUGAUUAUAUUCCUAUUUCUUGUGAGCUUCGUAGGCCUAUUCUCAAUUAUGCCCCUAAGAAAGAUGAUGAUCCUGAAGUACAAGCUAACAUAUCCUAGUGGGACUGCAACUGCCACCCUUAUCAAUGGCUUCCACACACCUAAAGGAGCCAAGUUGGCAAAGAAAAAAGUUGUAAUGCUCUUCAAGUCCUUCUGUUUUAGCUUCGCAUGGGCAUUCUUCCAGUGGUUUUUUGCUGCUGCUGAUGGCUGUGGAUUUAGUAGCUUCCCUACAUUUGGUCUGAAAGCCUUUAGUCAAAGGUUCUACUUCGAUUUCUCAUCUACAUAUGUGGGUGUUGGAAUGAUUUGCCCUUACAUGGUCAAUGUAUCAGUGCUUAUUGGAGCUGUAAUCUCAUGGGGAAUUAUGUGGCCCCUGAUUGAGGCCAAAAAAGGAAGCUGGUAUAGUGCUGAGCUAUCUGGCAGCAGUCUUCAUGGCAUCCAAGGUUAUAGGGUUUUUCUUGCUAUUGCCAUGAUGCUUGGGGAUGGCCUUUUCCAAGUUGUCUACAUGAUAAUAGUGACAUCCCAUAGUUUCAUAAAACAGAAAUCUAAAAAGGAAGAAUCUUCCUCCGUAAUGACGGACUGUGCAGAUCCAUCUUCAAACGUCCAGAUUGUGAACUAUGAUGACCAACGAAGACGUGAGUACUUUGAAAAAGAUCAAAUCCCCAAUAAAUUUGCGGUAUUAGGAUAUGUUGCCCUGGCAGCCGCAUGUAUUGGUGCGGUGCCCGCCCUUUUCCCUCAGCUAAAAUGGUACCACAUACUGGUUGCUUACUUGAUUGCGCCUGUUUUGGCCUUCUGCAAUGCCUAUGGAUGCGGUCUCACUGACUGGUCACUUGCCUCGAAUUAUGGAAAAAUCGCCAUCCUGGUUUUCAGUUCUUGGGUUGGGCUAGACCAUGGUGGGGUUCUUGCCGGCCUCGUUUCUUGCGGUGUGAUGAUGAACAUUGUAUCUACGGCUUCUGAUCUGAUGCAAGACUUUAAAACAGGCUAUUUAACACUUUCAUCCCCUCUUUCGAUGUUCUGCAGCCAAUUUAUUGGUACUGCCAUUGGUUGCCUCACCUCACCUUUAGUAUUUUGGUUCUUCUACAAGGCCUAUAACGUAGGUGAUCCAGAUGGUUCGUACCCUGCACCCUAUGCCUUGAUGUAUCGUGGGAUCGCCCUUCUUGGAGUCGAGGGGUUCUCUUCCCUUCCAAAGAAUUGCCUCACACUUGUUAUUGUGUUUUUCAUAGCUGCCAUUCUCCUAAACUUUCUGACCUUGAUCUUGAAGCAAAAUGAAACCAAGUACAAGAUCUACAGGUUUGUUCCGAGCCCUAUGUGCAUGGCGAUUCCAUUCUACCUUGGUGCUUACUUCGCCAUUGACAUGUGCCUUGGGAGCUUGAUUCUCUUCAUAUGGGAACUGAACAACAAGAAAAAAGCAAAGGAACUCGGGCCGGCUGUUGCGUCUGGGCUAAUCUGUGGUGACUCUUUGUGGGGAAUUCCGGCUGCUAUUCUUUCUUUAGCUGGUGUGCAAGCUCCUAUUUGCAUGAAGUUUUUAUCUGCAUCUACAAACAAGAAGGUAGAUGGCUUCUUGGGUUCGUAGUUCAUCAUUUUGCUCGAGCCUCCGUCAAUUGAUGCUUGUACAAGUUUUUAUGCUUUUAGAAGCUUCUAAGUGCAAGGUAUAAAGCUUCUUGGGGUGUUUGAUCGUUUUGUUCGAAAUUCUUCCUAGUGGUACUUCAGGGGAUUUAGACGUAUAUAUGUUUCCUUUAAGUUUGUUAAUCAUGACAGUAUGUUGAACUUUUUUGUUUGGCAAAACAAUA